AUGGCCGACAAAAAGCCCAAGGAAGGAGUCAAGACUGAGAACAACGAUCAUAUUAAUUUGAAAGUGGCAGGAUGGGAUGGUUCUGUGGUGCAGUUUAAGAUUAAGAGGCACACAUCACUUAGUAAACUAAUGAAAGCCUACUGUGAACGACAGGACACACCUGCACAGGCGGAAAUGGAGAAUGAAGAUACAAUUCAUGUGUUCCAGCAGCAGACAGGUGUCGUCUACUAA